AUGAUGCGUUCUGCAUUUUUGAAAUACAACUUCCAGCUGCGGAUUGGCAACAUGGACGGCUUACUGGUCGCUUACCACAAUACACAACAAAUCUUUGGCUUCCAAUACAUUUCGCGAGAAGAGAUAUCAACACGACUUUUCGGCAAUACGCAUAUGGGUGAUAUGGUGCUGGAUAGAACAUUACAGCUGUUCCAUCAUAUCCUUGAUGUGGCGACGAAAAAGUAUCCCAAAAGGACACUUCGGCUUUAUUUUUAUGCUGGAUCAGGAGCACCAAAUCAAAAGCUUGGUAUCUGGGUGGAGCAACUGCCAAAACCAGGAGCACCGCCCGCCGAAGAUGUUGCUGAUGAAUUCUUUGCGACUGAAAGCCAAACCGAUACGGUGACCAAAUACAUACUUCAUAUCAAAUCAACCGUCAACGACGAACCUGUCAUCGGCGAUGAACCUGUGCCAGCUGUGAGGAAGCCUUGGCAAUGGGUCACUCGAUAUCGCUUAGAAGAAAUCCCCAAAUCUGAAUGGGAGUCGGAUGAAGUCGAUAGGAUUCGAAGGAAACAGCUCACGGCUUUCAAUCGUACUGCAAGUAGUGGCUUUAUCGAGCAUUUGAGACGGAUUAGUAAAUACGGCAAGAAAUAA